AUGGCGUCCCACGACCAGAUUCACGGAUCGGGCGCCUCUCCCGGCAAUCCAGACCAUCGCAGCGUGAGCCCAUCACCCCACACUCAGCAGUAUCACGACCCAACCUCCGGCUUGGGCCUAGAUCCUUCCAUGUCCGCCGCCUUUGCGACAAAUCAAGCCUUCAACAACCAGGACCCAGGAAUCGGCGGCGCAGACGCGUAUGGCUAUGCUACCGGCUACUUGUCGGCUGCCCCACCAGCGCAGAGCCUCGUUCAAUCCUCCGAACAGCAGUUCCCCCCGGCGAUCAACACCAACAAUAUCUCCAUGUCGCAGUCUUUUGACCCAAACAUCGUCAACCAAAUGGACCAAGGACAAUCGGGUCUACACCAUCGACAGCCCGAUGAAAACUUCUCCAAUUUACUCAAUAAUCCCAACGACUUGGACUUCUCCGGUUAUCAUAACCACAGCCCCCAUAGUACCUCUGCGUCAGAAUACGAUUCGUCGCUUCUCCUUGAUCCCCAAAUGCAUCAACGACCGGCAUCCAUGCACCAAGCUAUCAAUCCGGCCGACCUAGUUAGCCCCAUCUCCAACCCCUCUGCGUCCUCACACCCGUCCUCUCAAGACCAACAACAGUCGUCCCCGGGCCCCAUGUCUCCUCCCGGAUCAACCCCGGGCACGUAUUACACCCCCCAGCAUUCACGACACACCUCUUUGGAUCCAUCUACGGCGAAUUAUCUGAGUGCGCAAUCAAAUGCAGACUGGGGGUCAGUUAUGAACAAUGUCGCAUUCCAGAGCCACCGGAGAGCCCCGUCUGAGGUAUCGGAGGUUUCCUCGGCGAAUCACUCCCCAUAUCUAUCCCAGAUUGAGUAUGAUGGCAUUGAGAACAAUGCGUCACCUUCAUUGGCUCCUCAAAACGACCCUGCUCUGUACGACAACCAGCUUGGUAUCGAGCAGUUUACCCUCUCUGAGCAGCAGCAGGCUUUCAGCCCUCUUCACAGCCCAUACAUUUCGCCUCGCCUCAUGCCACAACAGGGAGGCGAGAUUCCAAACAAUGUCGCUUAUCUGAAUGCCAACACCACGUCACAGUUCCCUCCUGCACCGACCGAAAUGUACGGCACGCCGGGGGAUGCGCUCUUGAACCAGGGCUUCGACAAUGGCAUGGCAGAUAUUGGCCAGGCAUCCUCGAUGGCCCCGCCUUCUAUCAACGUGGAAUUCGCACCGCCAUCACGAGUUCCAAGUUUUGGACCGUCCAAACCGACUACGGAUCUGGACUCGUUGAGUCCACCUGCAAUGCGAUCCCGUGUGCGUAGCAAGUCUGACCCGUACACACAUCCCGCGUCUCGUUCAAGAUCGCCGGCGAACUCGGCCACGAGUCUCGAACCUGUUGCUCCCACCACUCCUCGCUCGCUAUCUCCACACUCACGCAGCAGCCCUGGAUCCCGCGAUGCAUCCCCUUCCCGAUCCAACCGACGUCUUUCAACCUCUUCGAUCGAAAGCCGAAAUUACAUUCUUGAUUUGGCUGAUCCCCAACGCCCCGGUGCGGUGCCGGGAGACUCCAAGCGUGUUCAGAAACACCCUGCCAAUUUCCAGUGCACACUAUGCCCGAAGAAGUUCACACGGGCGUAUAAUCUGCGCUCUCAUCUCCGAACCCACACCGACGAGCGACCGUUCGUGUGUACAGUCUGCGGCAAGGCAUUCGCCCGUCAACAUGACCGAAAACGACACGAAGGGUUGCAUUCUGGUGAGAAGAAAUUCGUCUGCCGAGGCGAUCUGUCACGAGAUGGAAACUGGGGUUGUGGUCGUCGAUUCGCCCGUGCCGACGCUCUUGGUCGCCAUUUCAGAUCUGAAGCAGGUCGAGUCUGCAUCAAGCCCUUGUUAGAUGAGGAAUCCCAAGAACGGGACCGUGUUCUCAUGGAGCAACAGCAACAGCCACAACAAGCAGCUGGACAUUUACAACCGGUCCCACAGCCCAUGGUAAUGCCCGGAGUUCCGGGAAUGGAUGGCCAGUCUGGUAGCAAUUUCGUUCUCCCUGCCGCACUUCUCGCACAAUACCCCGCACUCCAAACUCUGCAAUGGGAUCAGAUCCCUGCCACAGGUGAGGAUCCGGGCGAAAUCGCCGGUCGGAGUAGUUUCGAUGCAAGUUCUGGCGGCGAGUUUGGCUAUGAUGACGAAGACUCCGGCAUGAGCGGCGGUUAUGGAAAUAGCCAAGGCGGCAUGUACGGUGGCCAGAUGUUAAGCGGCGAUUCUGGAUACCAGGAUCAAAAGUGGACUGGAUAG